UUCCCUAAUCAAGUCCUUACUCAUACUGUAGACAAGCUCCCACCCUCUCUCAUUCACUCACUCACUUCAGGCAAAUCCGUCCUCCCUGUCUCUACUCUCUUUCACUCUCUCUCUCUCAAAAGGCAGAGACAGAAGUCAGAGCGUUUCACACUGACAGCCACAAAUACCCACAGCACUUAAACCAGGGAGAGGGAGAGGGAGAGAGAGAGAAACUGCAAAGCCAAACUUUACUGAAAAAGAAAAAAAAAACUUUUUGCUUGUUUCUGAGAAUUUUCUCAAGGAGGACAAGCGAUAUAUUGUGAGGAAAUAACUUUCCCCGCAAAACAAGAAUUCAGAGAGAAAGAAAAAAAAACAUAUAAAGGAAAGAAAAGCUGAGGGUCUGGAGGAAAGAAUCAUCACCUGGUGACAGGAUGCCUGCACACUUGCUGAAAGGAGUUUGUUUGGUACUUUGCUGGAUUAUAGUGAGGAGUUCCCCAACUCCAGGAUCCGAGGGGCACAGCUCAGUGAAUGACUGUCCAUCUUGUGCCCUUGCAAAAUUCCAAAAGGAUGUGCCAAGUUCUCAGAGUGACAUGGUGGAGGCAGUCAAAAAGCACAUAUUGAAUAUGCUGCAUCUGAGGGACAGACCCAACAUUACACAGACAGUGCCUAAAGCAGCGCUCUUAAAUGCCAUUAAGAAACUACAUGUGGGGAAAGUGGGAGACGAUGGGCAAGUUCAAAUUGAGGAUGUCAUUGCAGGAAGAGCAGAAAUGAAUGAAAUCUCGGAGCAAACUUCAGAAAUCAUCACUUUUGCUGAAUCAGGACCAUCCAAGAAAGUACUGCGCUUUGAAAUUUCCAAAGAAGGCAGUAACUUUUUAAUUAUUGGUGAAGCGGACCUUUGGCUGUUCCUAAAGUUGUCCAAGGCUAAUCGAAGUCGCACCAAACUGACUAUACGAUUGUACCACCAGCAAAGAGGUCAGAAAGACCAGCGUGGAUCUGAGAGCAACAAAAGUGAACUGCUUAUUGCAGAAAAAGUAGUGGAUACAAGGAAAAGUGGAUGGCAUACGUUUCCCAUAGCUGGUAGCAUCCAACGUUUACUUAAUUAUGGCAAAUCAACCAUAGAUAUCAGAGUAGCUUGUGAUCAAUGCCAGGAGGCAGGGGCUACACCUGUCUUGCUUGGAAAAAGGAAGAAGAAGGACGAUGAAGACAAAGAAGCAGGGGUAUCAGGUGCAGAAGAAGAAAAAGAGCAAUCACAUAGGCCUUUCCUAAUGAUUGUGGCCCGGCAGACAGAUGAGCACCCCCAUAGAAGAAAAAAACGUGGCUUAGAGUGUGAUGGUAAAGUUAGCAUUUGUUGCAAGAAGCAUUUCUACGUCAGCUUCAAAGACAUUGGUUGGAGUGAUUGGAUCAUAGCACCUCCUGGCUACCAUGCCAAUUAUUGUGAGGGAGACUGCCCUAGCCAUAUUGCUGGAACUACUGGCUCAUCCUUGUCUUUUCACUCCACAGUUAUAAACCAGUACAGACUAAGGGGCCAAAGUCCCUUCACCAGCAUCAAAUCCUGCUGUGUGCCCUCUAAGCUUAGAGCUAUGUCCAUGUUGUACUAUGAUGACGGUCAGAAUAUAAUCAAAAAGGAUAUUCAAAAUAUGAUUGUGGAGGAAUGUGGCUGCUCAUAAAGUUAAAAAGAGCAUUGUCAUUGUCAGCAUUGCGUUGAAAAUACACUAAUCAAGAGAAGUGCAAAUGAACAAAGAUCAAAAGUCAAAGUUAUCAGGGUUUGGGUGGUGAACUUGAUUCACAGUAAACAGCCUGCAGCAAUUUUUAUCCAAACGUGGAAACCCCUUUUUAAGCACGACUGUGGAUUUUAUUUUAAAUAAAAGCACAAGAACAAAUAUAAAGCUAUUUAUAAAAUGUUUGCAUAUCUGACAGGUGCUUCUGUUACUGCACAUGCGGGUAUACAAAUGUGUAUAAAUAGGUACACUGUAAAGAUAUCCAGAGAGUCAUGUUUGAUGCCAUGUUGUCAGUCAGCAGUUCAUAGUUUCAGAAGAUAAAUACAUUGCGCAGGUAAUCUCACCUUCUUCCUCUGCACUAUCCUUGCAAAAGUAUAAAAAAUACAGAAAAAAGGCAAACAAAGUUAAAUUUCACUACGGUGCUGAUGAUCAUAGAACUAUGCAACUUUUUGGGUUUGAAAACCGUUUACCUGAGAAUUAAAAGAGAGACUUUUACAGUGGAAGCAACGUAAAUAUUUUUGUUCUUUCAUGAGAGAUACUUGAAAGGAACAUGUUGGUCCAGGUUCUGGAUCCAAACAUUUCUAUAUUUUGUUUAAAAAAAAAAAAAGAAAAAGAAAAAUGUAAAUGUUUCUUUUUUUUUUUAAUUUGCACUACAACAGUAUUUGACCGCCUAAUAUUCUUAUUUAACAAGUAUUUUCGAGAGAGGUUUUAUGAGCUGCACUUAACAUGAGCUAUACCAGAAUUGCUACAGCACACAGCAAAAUAGCUAUUUUUAUGACUAUUUUCAUUUUUUUCUACCUUCAAUGAUACACCUACACCAAAGACAUUAGCAUGGAGAAUUAACAGUCUGUCUAUGACUGACAAUCACAGGCAGAUAGGAAAGAAUAUAUUUAAAGGAUCAAGUGUAUAUAAAAAGUUAUUCAAAGCCAAAAUAGUAUAUUCUAUCUAGAUUCAUUUAUGGGCAACUGUGCUGCUUUAAAGCAUUUUUUUUUCUUUUCUAUAAGGAGGGAAAAAAAACACUUCGGCAACUUACAUGUCUGGCUUUGUUUGGCCUUAAUUUGCCCACUGUAUACACUGGGUAGAAAAAUUAUCAACAUGAUGCUGAAAUAAGUCGCCUCUUUUUUAUGCAGUUGUUUUGAAAUAAAAUGCAAGCUUUAUACUGUAUAGCAGAUAUAUUUUUUUCUCCAAAUUAUCCAAAAUGAACUUUACAAAUUAGCUAACUGCCACAGUGUAUUUUGCUGAAUUAUUAAUUAGCGGCAUAAUAAUAUUGACCACUGCUUAAUGAAAGUUUUUGAUCAUUUUGCAUGGUAAAACUCUUCUUGUUUUAUUGCAGCUGGUUAAGUACUAUUUAAAUAAGUAACAAAAAUGUAAUACUCAGAUAAUUGAAAGUGAGAAUAUCAAUAUUUUCGUUUUUACUGCGGCAGCAGACAUUUCAGCAAAUUGUUUUCCACAAUUUCAAUUGUUUUGUAAGUAUGUAUAUGUGUAUAAGAGCAAACAGAUUUUUUUUCCUUUGUAUAAUUAUCAAAACACAUACCUGUAACUAUUUUCUAUCUAAUUUAUUCCACAGUAUUUAGCUUGCAUUGUAAAGCAAAUGGUGUAUUGAUGUAUUUGUCUUUUUUUAUACAAAUACGUUUUUCUGACUUGUUUGCAGUUUGCAAAGAAAGGAAAAGAAAAUAGAACAUAUUGUAAUAUUUUACACUGAUGUAUAUAUAUGAUAAGUCAUUUUCAUUUGGCAAAAUUCUUAUGAUAAAUGUGUAAGGCAGUAGGUGGAAGAAAAUAGAUACACUAAUACCACUGUGUUGUGGUUGAUGUAACAGCAUUUGUUAUUUUCAAAAGUUAACUUUUAUUACUAAGAAUGAUUCUUUUUUUGUCACUAUCUGAAAAUGGUAAAAACCCUGUAAAGCACUUAUGUGCAUGUACAGUACACUAAAACGAAAAAAAUAACUGUUCCUCUUAGCUUACAUCCUUACAAAAUAUAAAAAAAGAAAACAAAUACAGUUUGCCCAAGGCAGUGCCAAAUCACUACUCACACAAUCUGUUUCCCAUACAUAUGGAAAAAAGUGUUCAGUAAAAUACAGUUCCAUCUUUCACAGAUAACACUCUAAAACUAUUAAGGCCACUGUUAAACCUUAUGUUGAGACUGAAUUGAGUAGUGUUCAUCCCAAUAUUAUCUAAAGACUCCAAUAUUUAAUAGAAACCUAAGGCAAAUCCCAUAGUUAUCUGAAUGCAGAGAGCUUGUUAUCUGAAAACAGCAGCUAGAAAUAAAUGGGUAUGAGAAUGUGUGGCCAUAAGAUAUAGAUAAUACACUGAAAAUGCUGUUAUAACACAAAAAAAUAUUGUUAAAAUGUAAAAAAAAACUUGUUUCAAGAAUAUUAUACACCAUCUUAUAGCAUUUAUACAUAUAAUAACUUGGAUAAAUGACACUCAAAAAAUCUCUCCCUCUUUUUUUUAGUGUCACUAUAAUAAUGUUCAGCCAAUGUAAUAUAUUUUGGCAUUAUUUAAACAUUCAGGUUACUGUUGAUUAUUGGAGUUUAAUAAAUUCAUAUGUUAAGAUGCAUUAGGAAAUACUGCUCCCUGUGCUCUUCAAGAAUCCAGUAUUGAUCCUAUCAAUUUUAUUUCCACUCUGUUGUUUCCAGUUAGAUUUUAUAUAUAUAUAUAUAUAUAUAUAUAUAUAUAUAUAUAUAUAUAUAUAUAUAUAUAUAUAUAUAUAUAUAUAUAUAUAUAUAUAAUAAGAUUUAUGACUUUGUCAUACAGUACAUGCAUUUAAUCACUUAAGUAGAAUAGUUACACAUCAUCAAUGUAUUUGGGAGCAGGUGCCGCUAUAUAGGAACAGUUAUUCUGUUGAUUAUGCUUUUACGAUAUACAAAGACACAGGUAUCUGUCAUGUCCCUGUAAACUUAAAAGGAACUAUGAAGAGAGUCUAUGAAAAAAUAAUAGGAAAAGUGAAGAAGGUGAUGGAAAAGAAAAUAAGAACCUGUUAGCUUUGGGCCCAAAAUAGAGCUGCAUUCAUAACAUAUCUUAAAGCAGGACUGUUCUUGCCCGAGUUAUACCAAUAGCUUAUUCAUUGAUGGUUCAAGUAGAAAGUGGAAAAAAAAUGCUUGAUAACAUGAGAGAAAGAGGAUGUUAAUCAAGGCUGGCCACAUGGAACAGCAUAAAGAAGAGUUUAUUUUAAUGAAUCUUUAUGGCUACAAAUAGCAAUAGAAAUUGUUACCACAUUUUACUGGUUUUGUAGAUCCUGUUAUGCUCAAAACAACCACCCUUUUAAGGUAGCUGUGCAAGAAAACUAAUUACUUGUAAAUGCUACCACAUUUUUUCUGAACUCUCAAAUCACUUUCUAUAUCCCUAAAUGAGCUUUUCUUCAUUUUCGUAAAAAAAAAAAGAAUCAUUUCUAUUCUCCCGUUUUCAUAAAAUUAUCUCAAGGACUCAUUACAUCUUUAAUUUGAAAUUUGUAUGAAUUUAAGGUCUCAUCAACAUAGUUCAGUAUUCUAGAAAUUUUUCUCAGUCCAUUAUGGUGGGUGCCCUAUAAGUUGCAGCUCCAGACAUUUCAUCCAUUUCUUGUCCCAAUAAGAAUUUUCAUGAGAAUAUCCAUAUUGUUACAUGUAAUAGUCAAAUAAAUGACAUUAAUUAUUGUUAAUUUGACAUAUUCAAUACUCUUGGAGUAUUGCACAGUAGCCUUUCAGUGUUUGAAAUUAAGGCUUAUAUUUUAGGGAAGAAAGUGCUGGCUCUGAUGUUAUGUCAAAUAUGAGAAGAAAUUUCCACUUACAAAAAAAUAAGAUUAUUUAUUCUUCUAGGUUACUAUAUCAUAAAAUGUAUUUAUUUUGUAUGAUAAACAAAACAACAUUGUAAAUCCCUAAAUAGUUUCGUACUUCUUUACACUUUUAACUUUAGUGACCAACUUAUUCUCAAUAAUUAUAUUAUGUGCAUUCCACUUUUUCUUUUCAUUUUGUUUUAAAUGCUUUAACCAAUGUCCAUUCUGCUUUAUGUAAUUAAAAUUGUUAAUUUAUAUGAGGAGAACAUUUUCAACUAAGUCAAUGGUUUCUUAAUAUUUAUUGUAUAAAAGACUGUUUUUUUAUUUACAGUUUGUUGAAAGAGAUAUGUUUGCAUUUGUUUAUAGUAGAAAUUAUUUAUUUUGACAGCAUUCCAUUCAAUGUGUUUUACACGUGGAAGGUUUGCUAGUUGUACAUUUUAGUGGGAAAUACUCAGCAGCUCCUAGUAGAUUUUAGGGUUUAUGAUUUUUUUUCUAAAGAUCUGUAUGGAAUUUUUUCUUCCUCUCCCUUUUUAAAAAACCACAAUGAUUUGCCAUGCAAACAUGGAGUCAACUAGCUUAAGUUGUUAAGAAGGGAGGAUCUGAAAGACAAGAACUGAAAUAGGACUCCUGAAAUAAGGUUAUUUUUUAUAUUUGUGCAAGAUGCUCAAGUCAGUACUGGUUUAUUAUGAAUCUUCUGUUAUCUUGCCCUUUGAAACUGACAAAAUGAAACAACUUAAGUGAACUAAAUAAAGGGAGUUUCACUGA